GGAUUGUGGGAAGGAAAAUAUGGCAAUCAAAGGACGAGGAGGCGUGAAAUUUGAGAAAACAGGGGAUCAACAGACGGUUACACGAGCAAUAGGUGACCAAAGGAAUCACAGAAGAAGAGAAGUAAAUGGGCAAACACAGACACAGAGAAUACAAACAUGGAAAGUGAAGAACAGCAGAGGAGAGUGGACAGGCUUUGAGUAUGAAGUUAAAGAUGAAGAUUAUAAGUGGCUUGAGGGGUGUUAUGUUGGAACAGCCCACUCUGUAGAAAUUGUUCCAAAUCUCCAGGAGAAGUUUUACAUGGAAGGUUACUUCUCAUGUCGCCUUCGAGCAAUGGGAGGUAAGAUGGUCCUAAUGGAUUGUGAAGACAAGGAAGAACUAGAAGACUUAGUACAUGGUGCACCAGAUUGGUUAGGCCAAUGGUUCUCAGAGGUAAAACCUUGGUCACCAACAGUGGUGGCAAGUGAGACGUUUGCAUGGAUAAGAUGCCAAGGAGCACCUUUGCACGCAUGGGGUCCAAAUUUCUUUGAGAGAAUGUCAGUAGCUUGGGGCAAGUUCAUCUGUCUAGAUGACAGUACAAGACACCAAGGCAGCAACCACGAUGGUAAAGGGGAAUUUUCUAUCGAAGAAGAUGAAGAUAGGGAUGACAUCCGAGAAUGCAGCAAGAAUGACAUUGGGCUGGCUGACAAGCUAUCACAUAGUCGGAUUGGUGAAGAAGAGUCGGUAGAGGUUGUGGCAGAUAGCAUUAAUGUGGAUGGAUAUUUGACAGAAACAGGUGGCAAAGAUGACAUUGGGGAGUGUGAAUCAGAUUCAAAUGGGAGGAAACAAACAACUUUGGACUCUAUUGAAAAUCCAGAAAUUGAGAAUGAGGAGAUGGUCAUGAAAAAUCUCGAGGAGAUGGAAGCGAGAGACAGAAAAGUUAAAGAAGCAGAGGCAGCAAAGAAAGUAAGCAAGGCACAGAAGGUUAGUGAUCCCAUCUUAUGAAUAUACUGUCAUAUAAUGUAAGAGGGUUGGGGGGUGUUGGGAAGAAGUGACAUCUCAGAGACUUAGUGAAUAAAGAAAGGGUGAUCUUUUUAGCUGUACAAGAAACAAAGCUAGGUUUGGCGGACAAAAAGUUAUGUAGAACAAUUUGGGGAUCUGAGGAGUUUGACUAUGUUGCCAAAGAGCCAGUAGGAAGGUCAGGAGGUAUGUUGUGUUUAUGGGAUCAUAAAGUAAUUAGUAAGAU